AAGGCGUUGGAAGAUUGGUUGGGUCUCGUGCGGGCCUUUAAACCCAAGGGGAAGUGUUUGUUCCUAUUGGAGUGUUCAGUGUAGACUCACUGUUCCAGUUGGAUCAGCUGAUAAGAUCGGCCUUGGCCUAGAAUAGAUGGCAGACAAUGUCAACAACUAACAAUAUAGCACAAGCACGGAAACUCGUGGAACAACUGAGGAUUGAAGCAGGCAUUGAGAGGAUCAAGGUAUCCAAAGCUGCUGUAGACCUUAUGAAUUACUGCGAGCAGCAUGCCCGAAGUGACCCGCUGAUUCUUGGAGUUCCGACGUCUGAGAAUCCUUUCAAGGAAAAGAAACCCUGUAUCAUCCUAUAGCUUUGCCCAAUGAUGGAUGAAGUACAGCUCAUUCAAACCCAAUCAAUGAUUACCAACAGCAAGAAAUAUUCAAGUCAAUGAAUACAGGUGUCUAAAUAGAAAUGUAUUUGUUUUUUAAAAUUAUAGUUGAAUCAGUGGUUGCAAAUCUAGCAAAGGGGAUUUAGAAAUUUCAGCCAAUGAGAAUUAACUUCACCAGAUCAAGCAUGGGAGGGGUUUUAAAGGAGAACAUUUUGUUAUUGAUGUGCUUUCUAAUGUGUCUACAUUUUGACUGGAUCAUAAGUUGAUAGUUUUAUUGUUUUUGUUUGGUGAGGGUGGGGCAAAGGGGUGAAAUGGAAAAAGAGGAUCUGUCGAGUUAUACCCAUAUGAAUGGAAUUGCAUUGUGUGAACUUUGCUGUUAACGUUUGGAAUACUUAGACAUUUAAUUCAGUUUCUGUAUUAUAUGCUAAGUAUUUCAAAUGUAAAACCAGGAAGAAGUAAUUCAUUUCCACUACUAAUAUUUAAUGGAAGUUGCAAAUAAGGGCACGUUUUAUUUACUCCUGCCUUUCAGUUCCUUCAACUUGAUCAAUACU